UACUGAAAAAUUCUAACUGUGUAGUCCUCAACCAAGCGAAUGGCUUAUUGUGUUAUGGAUGAUUGAUUGCGUGUCUUUUUCCUCGAUGGCAUGUUACAUUUCCUCUUAGCCUCACUGGUUCGUGAAAUGCCUCCAGUGUGCCGAGAUUUGACGUGCUCUGAGCAGAUCCAUUGACAUGGAGAAAGUUCAAGUUGAAGUCAAGAUUGAACUCGGACACAAAGCUUCUUGUAAGAAAAACCCUAGUCCUGACGGAUUUACACACGACUGGCAAGUUUUUGUACGAGGACCAGGGAGGGAUGACAUUUCCCAUUUCGUAGAGAAGGUUGUGUUUCACUUGCACGAAAGUUUUCCCAAGCCGAAGCGAGUUUUGAAGAAUCCUCCAUAUGCUGUCUCUGAACAUGGUUAUGGAAGCUUUUUCCUUCCCAUUGAAGUCUACUUUAAAAACAAAAUAGAACCAAGGAAAUUACAGUUUGACUAUGAUCUCAUCCUUCCUGCCUUUGGCUCCUUGCCGAUUGAUAACAUUCGAAGUGAGGCAUUAACUUUCACAAACCCUACUGAUGAAUUUAAAAGAAAGCUGGUGAAAGGUGGAGGGAUUGUCACAAAAACAACCACAACAAAUGGAUUUCACAGUUCAUCUCCCCCUGUGAAUGGAUCAAUAUCUGAACAGACCACAGAGACCAAAGACACCCAAGUGACAAACAGCCUUGUGGCUGACGUUCGUGUUAAUCCUCAAGUUUCAUCACUAGCACAAGAUCUUGAUAAGAACAAAAAAUUCAAACAUGAAGGUGCAAUAGCCAACAAGACUCUCAAAACACAAGAGGCGGCAACACCAGGACUUAAAAGAUCAGCCAGCACAUCAGGAACAGAGGAAACACAAGUGCAGCUGGUUAAAAAGAAGAAAAAGAAACAUGAUGAAGCCAUUGCAAAGCCAGGGAAAGGAGUGGGGUUCAUCCCCUUAGAACUGCCAGGUGCUAGUAAUGAAAGCAAGGACAGAUUGGAAGAAAUGAAAGAUAUCAAGCUAAAAAUAAAAUCACUGUCCUCUAAGAGUCCUGCCACAGACAAAAAGAAGAAUCGGCAAACCUCAUUAGAGACUGGAUUAAAUGAGGGAGUACCCAGCAGUUCUAAGGGAAGAGAGUUUACAUCAUCCAAGAAAGUGAAGAAGAAAUCUCCCAAGGAAGAUAUGAAACCAUCUAAACCAGAGGAAAAGAAAGUUGAGAAGAUCACGUUUCGGCGUCGUGGCUCUGGAGACAGCUGGUCAAGUAGCACUUCAAGUUCAAGUCUAUUAGGAAAUUUAGGUGGAAAUAUAAACGUGGCACUUGAUAAACUUAUGGCAGACCUAAGUGAUGAGGAUGAUGAUGAUGAUGGCAAUAGUGGUGACAUUUCUACCCCAUUUCAAUCUAAAACGGUAAACACAGGAACAACACAGAAGUCCGUUUCAGAGAUUAGUGGUACAACACAAAAUAAAGACACUGGCAAUAAGGUCAAGACAAAAAGCAGCUCUCAAGGGAAAAAGUCAGAAGGGAAGAAGAAUGAACUGAAAAGUCCUACCAACAAGAAUGUCUCAGCAAAGCAAAGCCCAAAACAACGACAAAAAGACCUAAAGAAAGGAAGCAAUGGACAGCGAACACCUUCAUCUGACUUAAUUCAACUGUACAAGCGUCUUGUAGCCUUGAAAGACUCAACUCUCCUUCAAAAAAUAGCAGACAUUUUAGAGAAAACAGGCCAUUUUGUACUUACAGAAACAACACUGGACUUUGACUUGUGCAGUUUGGACAAAACAACCAUAAAAAAGAUUGAAAAUUCCAUCAGCAGAUAACAUUACCUGGAGAAGCUUAGAGAUAUCACAUGCCACAGAGGGAGAAUUUUGGGGAAGCCAUCCUCAUCUCUUUCACCAGUUUUCCUUAUUGGCCUUGGGUUGUGCGAGAAAAAAUUGUUCAUCACUGUCUGCCCUUUUCUGCUUUGCCACCAAUGUUGUGGAAAGUAGUCUGUAUUGUAAAAAGCUGGACCAGGUACAACAGUGGAAUUAAUCAAUCAAAUUUGAGGAUUCGUGAGUCCAGCCUGCUGAGAUACUUUUAAAAAAAUUAACUAUUAUAUGCUCACUUUCAGGAGCAGAAAUGAAUCUUGUUCCACUUUAUCUGAUAAAGUGGGCUAAACAAAUGCUGUCAAAAUUUUCCACCAGAAAUCCUUACAAGCUUGUUCCUUUGGUUUAUAAAAACAUGUAAACAACAACUUCAGGAAUGUUUUUUUGUGGUAAUACUGUUUCUUGAAUAUUGCAUUUUACUAACUUAUACUUUUGUGUACUUUGAAGAAUCUGUGUGAAAACUGUUAGAUUGUGGGUCUCAAAUAUACAUUCAGAAUUAGACAACUCAACCUGUCUUAUUUGUAAAUACCAAUGAAUUCUAAUUUGAGUUAUGUGGAAAUGACAAAUCACUUUAAUUUGGUAAUAUAGCAUUUAUAGAACAUCUGUUAUAUUGUUUUUUGUGUGUGUGUGUGUCUAGACUUUCACAUCAAAAACUACUUCAGUCAUUGAGGGUAACAAUUCAAAUUUGUUGUGUGGCAUCACAGGAAUAAUAAUUAGAGGGUUUGGUCAAUCAUACCAGUUUUUCUUGUUUGUGGUUAGUAGUACACCAUGUUUCAUGCAAAAACAUCUUCAUUUUUAGCAGCCAAGUUGAAAAUGAUCAAACUAUCAGACCAAACUUCUAAUUCCAAUACUAUCUCUCUAUUUAUUUGUUAUUAUUUAAAUAAUAUAAUUCUUUAACAUUUUUGGAGUUUAGUCACUACUGCUAAAACAAGUGUAUUUAUCAAGAAAGAAUAUGUCAGAUUUGAUGGGUUGUUUAGGCAGAAAAGUCAUAAUUUUAGAACAUAACUAACAUCAUUACCAUACAGCUUUCCUUUUAUUCAUUAUCAAAUAUUUGGUCAAUAUUUUUACGUUGAAUCUCAGCAAGAUUGCCAAGUGGCUUAAAGAUGAAAUUUCUUAAAUGAGAUAGUCUGAUGCUGUCACAGAAUCCUCUGCCUUCUAUAUUGAAUUUAAUAUUAUUAUUGCCAAUCUAAUGGGAAGUUGUUACAAGUAUUUCUAAGUUUAAACUUAUAACUUUUUUCAUCAUUCAACUAUUAAAAAGUUUAUCUAGAUCUGAAAUGGAUUUAAAUUGAGACAAAAGGAUAUUUUCAGCCAUAUCAUGCUAUAUAAUAUGAAAUGUAUCUCUUACUAGUUACUAUUUUAACACUAGUUUGUUUCAGUCUGUUUCUGUAAAAUUUUGUAUCAAUUUUCUUAAACCAAAGACUUAAUUAAGAUUAUCAUUUAUUCAUAGUAACAUUCAUUUAUUGUAGAUUUAAGUUUAUCAGAAUGUAAACUAUAUUAUGGGAAUCAGUUAUGUUGUGAACAAUAACUAAUAUAGAGUCCAAAUGUUUCAGGUAGUAAUAUUUCACAUUAUUUAUUUUGAUUGCAAUUUAGCAGGCAGUGAGUGGCUGACUAGCAUGAAAAACAGAACUCAGAGAUCAAAAAGUGGGUGUGCAAUUUGACUAUCAUUGGACGGUAUGAUUAUGGACAGAAUCAUAACAUUAAGUGUUAUUACUUUUAUUACCAAUAACAGCGUACAAAAUUUUAGGGAACACCCAACUAGUUAAUUCAUAUCCACAACAAAAAGUACAGCAGUCACCUUUCAUUUUCAAAGGAUGCGUACAGUUCAGACAGAUGAGUUUGGUCCAAGUGCUUUCCUUCCUUCUUGAGUCAUGCACAUUGUCCUGCUAGGGCAUAUAUCCUGAAGUUUUGAUUAACCAAAUGAGCACUGGUGGGGAUUUAUUUAUCAUUAGAACAUUCAAUCUUUGGAUCUGAAUCUAUGACCUCUUUCCUUUUGACCAAGACUGUUAUUGAUUCUGAUAGAAUUCUGUAUUUGUACUUAUAACUUAUUUUUUAUACUAAUAUGUUUAUAAGGACUCCAAAACCUUUGUACACUUUUCCUUUGGUUUCUUAAAGUUAUAAUUGUAAAUA